GAAGUACAGUAUUACUGAUUAUGAUGCACAUGAUAAGCAUUUACCAUUUUGGGUGUGAGGGCGACAUUGAAUAUGGAUCCAGCUGCCGAAAUCUUGAACUCGCUCGCCAACUUCAUGUGUCUAAUACAGAAGCCACUACAUGUAAUAUGUGCCGUCAGCAUAUUAGCACAAGGAGAGCAGCUUAUGCGAAGCUGACGGGUUGAAUACGCUAGGUGACAAAACAGCUGGACCGGAUGGUUUGCUUCUUACAACCCCUCCUAGCUUGAGAACUUUUCAAGCUACUAGAAAUGAGGAAAGGACGUGGCGGUACAGUUUAUGGCUCGCUAGCGGCGGGGGGGCGUGGCCACCGCUCCAUGGACGACGGUGCCUUGCUCGCUGAGGCAAACGCGACUGCACCAGGCGCGAAACGGCCACAAGUUGGACAAAAGCCAGCUGGUGGUCGUGGCUGGAACACCUCGACGCGGGCAACGCCAGCAUGGAAACGCAGCAGCAAGGAGAACAAGGAGAAUGUUAAGGCGCCGGUUCCCAGCAAAUAUGCGCACGUCUCGACGAAGCUCGAUGCCCCGAUUUACAAGCAGCGCGCGGGCCUGACAGAGAACAGUAACGCGAUUCUAGGUGCGGCUGGGGUGCUGCGCGCACACGGCGCGCAUGCAACGGAGCCCACCGGAGCCGAGCCGGAGAGCCACAGCAUUAGCGUGAGCACGGCAGAUGUCUUCUCUCCUGCCGCAGCCCCUUACGUUAAUACCCGGCGCGGCAGCAUGCUGGGCAGUCCAUAUCAGGACCUGCCGGCCACGUCCUUUGAGGACGAGCGCCCCACAACCCCUCCCCAGGCCGCGCUCAGCCAGGUCGAAGAGGACCCCAUCCUGCGGCGCACGCCCUCGCCGCGCGUGUCCCAGCACCCGUCCGUGGCGGCUCUGUACCAGUACGCUCAAGAGGUGUGCACGCCGGUAUCGUGCAACUCCAAGCCCGUGCGCAGCGGCACGCCGCCGGAUUGCGCGGAGCUCGUAUCGGCGCUCGAAGGCGCGGCGCACGGUGUGGACACCGACGCAACAGGCGGCGAGCUGUGCGGUUCGUUCGGCUCCUGGCUGGCGGGGAUGGGGCUGGACGCGGGGCUGCUGUCCGCCUCUGCGCUGGCAAAGAUGCAGCUGCUGUGGGAGAAGGCCAAGGAGGCCAUGCAGCUACAGGCGGUGGUGGAGCAGCUCAAGGAGGCGGAGCUGCAGCUGGCGCAGCAGGAGGCGGAAGACAACGCACGCCACGUCGACAUCCUGCUUGCCGAGAACGAGAACCUGCUGGGCACCAAGGCCCAACUGCAGGAGCAGCUGGCCGUUGCGGAGCAGCGCCUGGCGCACUUGGCCGCGGCUGCGCCGGUGCCGACGCCGCACGUGCAGAUCGCCCCGGCCGAUGACCCCUGCCCCGGUGCAGCCCUCGCCGCCGCAGCGGAGUCACCGGCCAAAGCGCACUCGUGGGCGUAUGGCGAACACCGCGAAGCUUCCUCUGUGAGCGUGGGCCAGUGGCCUCCGGCCUUCGGUGCCAUGGAAUCGCCUUCCACGGCUGCCUUCGCCCCCGCGGCGUCGCCGCAGGCACUGCACAGCCCCAGCGGCGGCGCCGUCCCUGCCACGAGCGGCGCCGCGAGCGGCGCAGCUGGCGGCUUCAGCAUCUCGCUGGGCUCUCUGGCGCACCCCAGCCCUGGCGUCGCCAGCCCUACUGCACAGGCGCUCCCCGUGCCGCAGUCACCCUCGGACAGCGUGAACGGCCCGGCGGCACCCGCCGGCGCCGCUGCGACCCCGGGCCUCAGCUUCACCAGCGCCGUCUCGCAGCUGCCCUUCGGCACCUGGGGCGCCGGCGGUGGCUUCGGUGGCGAUGACUUUGGAGCAGUUCCAAGCCCCUCCUGCAGCGUGGGCUUCGGCGGCUUCGGUUCAGUCGGCGGCUUUGGCGGUGCUCCUCAAAUUCCCUCUCCCAACGAGGCCCAGUCAGCGGCGGCUCAAGAGCCAAUGCCGGAGGCGCAGGCCGCCGACCCCCGCCAGGCGCCGUCGUCGUGGCCGCUCAGCCCUGGCGGGGCCGUCAGCACCUACUCCGCGCAGACCGAGCAGGUCCAGCCUGGUGCCGCUGAUGAGGCCACCAGCCGCGCCAGCGCCAGUGCCCAGCCCACGCCCGUAAGCAGCGCAGCCCCGCAGCUGUCGGCCGGACUGAGCACCGUGUCCCGCCAGCAUCCCCCGGCUUUCGGUUACGAGUCGUGGCGCGCCCUGCAGGAGGCACAGACUCCUGAGGCCGCCGGUCUGCUUCCCAGCAGCCUGGCAGCGUCGCCGGCGUCCGUGCAGGCGCCAGCUGCAGAGGCGCUGCCGUCACCGCAGGGCUUUGCCGCGCUGCAGCCGCAGCUGGUCCCCACGGGCGCCAUGUCAUCACCACACGCCUCCGGCCUGCAGUCGCUGCAGCCUUCCGCCGCGCCGCCAUCACCGCAGCCCGCGGGCGCCAUGCCGUCACCGCACGCCUCCGGCCUGCAGUCGCCGCAGGCCUCCGCCGGGCUCAGCGUCGUGUCGCACUCGCCGGCGCCGGUGCCGUUUGGUGCCUGGUCCAGCGCGCAGCAAGGUGACGGCCAGGACGCACAGAGCCUGGGCGGUGGCUUCGACCUCGGCGCUGCCACGCACUCGCAGCCAACGCUCCCUGCUUCUCCGGGCAGCUUUGUCAGCUCGCCUGCGAUUCCCAGCAGUCCUGCCGUGGCUUCUCCGCUGCUGUCGCCGGUCCCAGACACUCUGCUGCACACCGCCUCGGCCUCGGCUACCACCGCUGGCGCCGCUGCCGGCAAGGACUCACCAUCGGCUGCUGCCCAGCUCCGCAGCAACCCACUGUUCGAGUACGAGAUGGAGUCGCCUGCACCUCACACACCGCUGCCCACACGCAGCGACGGCCUGCUUGGGCCCAUGCCUGCGCCAGAGACCUCUCCCGAGCCUGCGUUCCCCAGCCUCGCCUCCACGCCCAUGACCCAGGUCAGCGCCGCCGGCCGCACCCCGGGCGAUGCGGCCGAGAGCACUGCGGAGCCGAUGGACUACAGCCCUGCCCCGGCGCACAUGCCGUUCGGCCUGGAAGCCGUGAUGGAGAGCCCCAUCGCGGCCUCUGGCUUCGGGAGCCCCGGCCCCUUCGGCGAAGGCUUUGGUGCUAGCUUCGGCGGCCCGUUCGGCGGCGGCUUUGCUGCCGACGGCUUCGAUGACUUGGGUGACAUGCCGUCGCCGCCGGCCGUCAGCGCGCUGUCGCUGCCGGCGCACGGCACAGCUGCGGGGCAGGCCUUCAGUGGCAUGCCCUUCGACGCCUGCGUGCCUGUGGAGCACGCGGCGGCUGCCGCUGAGGCCGGCCCUGCGGGCGCCCAGACCGCAGACGCAGGCGCGCCCAGUGCUGCUGAGGCCGCCGAAUCGACGGACGCUGUGGUCACAGGCGCGGGCAAGGCGUUCCACGGCGUUCAAGUGGAGGCUGACGGCUACAGCAUGCCGGCGGCUGAGGGCCCUGUCGAGGCGCCCGUGGCGGUUCCGGCUGCUGAUGCCGUUAACGAGCUGGCGGAAGGGGAUGUGGCGUCAGCGGUGCAGCAGCGGAAGCCAGUGCCCGGGGGCGUCAGCCAGCCUGUGCGGUACGAGGCCACGGACGAGGUGGGGGACUUGUUGCAGCAGCCAGAGGUGGAGCACACCUGCGCCAAUGAUCCAUAUGCUGAAGAGGCCAUUGGUGAUACCGGGGCAGAGACGGAGCCGGCCGCUGCUCACUGCUUUCCUGAUCCGGCCAGUCCCAUCGCUGCCAGCUACCUGGGGCUCGGUGACGUGGGCUCGCCGCCAUGCGCUGGCGCCGUGCUGUCGCCUGUGGGCAGCGUGCAGGCGAACGCACAGUCGCUGGCGCAGCCGCCGGCGGCCGUGACACCGGCGCACGCUGCAGAGGCCGAGCCACCGGUGGCAGAGGUCGCUACCGUGGCCGAGGCCUCGCCUGUUCGGCCGGCUGCCGCCUGCCCAGCGCCGGUGCUGGAUCAGGAGGAGCCGGCCACGUCGUCGCCCGCUGCCGAGCAGCAGGCGCGUGACGCGGCCGCCGCCGCGCCAGCUGCGGAGGUGAUGUCGCCCGUGCCCGCCGCCGGCCCGUCCUUCGAAGCGCCAGCGUCCGGCGCCAGCAGUGCCGUCAAGCCCUCCACGCCUGGCGGCGGCGAGGGCUGCCCCGACGCCGACGGCGGCGCCCACAGCUACCCGAACACCCCGUCCGGCGCCUGGCCCGCCUCCCCCACAAGCACUAUGUAUGCCACGCCCCUGGAGGCCUUCGCCACGCCGCACUCGCUGGCGUCCUUCUACACCGCCGCCCACAUGACCGCGCUGCGCAUGCUGAGCGCCGUGCAGACGCCGGCCACCGGCAACAACGGCGGCCUGGCCAUGCUCGGCAUUCCCACGCCCGUCGCCAGCUUCAGCUUUGGCAUGAUGGGGCCGGCGGGCGGCGCCCCGGGCGCCGCCGCCGCCGCGGCCACGCCGGCCCUGGCGCGGGGCUUCCCUGUCAUGGUCGGCGGUGACCCGGCAACGCCUGGAUUCGGCUUUGGGGACGUGUCACCGGCGGAGGCGCAGGCACAGCCGUUUGCUGGGGCGGGCGGAGACAGCUUCGGCUCGCCGCUGCCGCUGAUGGCGCUGACGCCGGUGCAGAUGCGCACGCUGGACGACCUGGCGAGCCGCGUGCUGGCGGCCAUGAGCCCCUCGCUCCUGGCCCGCGUGGAGACCUGCGCCGAGCUCGGCGAGGACGAGGCAAAGGCCAGCACCACCAGCUCGCCUGAGGAGGCAAGCCGCGCAGGCGAGCAGCAGGAGCAGCAGCAUGCCUCUCCCGCAGCAACAACUCUGAGCGCGCCGGCCGCCGCCAGUCCCAUCGCGUUCGGCAGCUUUGCGCAGCUGCUGUCGCAGCUGCACUCGCCGCUGCCCGUGGCACACCGCCGGGAUGCGCUCGCAAAUGCGGUCACGCAUGGUGGCGCUAGCGGCGGGGCUGCGGCAGCAGCGGAAUCGGAUGCGGCAUCCCCGCCAGCCGCUGCGAUUGCCGCACCUGCCUUUCUGGUGCCAGGCAGCCCCGCGGCCUUCAACUUUGCCCAGCUUGUUGCUCAGCUGCACUCGCCCAUGCCGCUUGCACAUAUGCCGCGUCGUGCUGCGCCCAGCAAUGCGGCAGCCGCGCCAGCAGAGGCAUCAACCCCGUCGCCGCCGGCCGCGUCUGGGCCGUCCCAGGCGUCCGCAGCCGUGCCGACCGAUCCCGCUGCCUUUGACCUGGCGGCCAUGCUGGCGCACCUGCAGUCGCCUCUGCCGCAGCCGGUGGCCGCACGCCGCAUGGCUGCGGAGCGCGCGGCGGAGGGCGCAGCUGCCGCAGCGGUGGCCCCAGUCGCUGCCGCGGCUGCGGCGGCGCCGGAGGCGGCGCCGGCGGUGCCAGGAAGCCCAGCGGCCUUCAACUUCGCACAGCUGCUGACGCAGCUGCACUCGCCGCUGCCCAUGCCCAUGCACCGACUGAGCCGCUCCUCUGCUGCUGCCAGCCAGCCCAUCAGUGCGCCGGCCGUGCCCCAGCCGCAGGAGCCGCUGUCCAAGGAGGAGCAGGCAACUAAGAAGGAGCAGAAGGAGGCUGCCGAGGCUGCCGGCGCCGCCCCCGACGCAGCUGCUGCCUCGCCCGGUGCCAACGAGCCUGUGACGGUCGCAGACGCGAUGCCCAACUUCGCCAAGCUGAUGGCUUUCCUGAAUGGCAACGGCAGGCAGCCGGCCUCGCCUGCUCCCGCGCGCGCUACCGCACGGGCCGUCGGUGACAGCAACGCCGGUGCACAGGACAACGCGGUUCACGACGCUGCGCCUUCCGCACCCGCGCCCAUGGACGGGGCGGGCGCUGCUGCGGCCAUGUUCAACUUCGCGUCACUGAUUGCGCACCUACACUCGCCCAUGCCGAACGGCGCAGCGCUGGCGCUCGUCCCCAACCCCGGCGCCUUUGCUGCCAGCCAAGGCCAGGCUCCCGGCCCCUCGGUGCCGGCCGACUCCCCCGGCGCCGGCCUGGAGGCUGACAGCCCCGCGGCGAUGGCGGGCGGCGCCAUGUCUCACGGCGGCGCCGCGCAGCAGGACUCGCCCGCGAACUCGGAGGCCGCGAGCUUCGGCUUCAGCACCGCUGCCAAGCUGUCCACCCGCGUGACGCCCUCCACCACGCCCGGCGCCGGCAAUGCCAGCUUGAUGCGCUGGGCCAAAGAGACGGCGCCGCCCACGUUCCGCCUGGACAGCGACCGGCCUGGCGGCAACGGCCGCAGCCGCCUCUCCCGCACACCGCCCACGCCAGUCAGCUUCAGCUUCGGUGCGCCUGGGGCCGUCGACGACGGCGCCACGCCCGCGGCGCACGGUGGCUUCCGCGGCAGCUGGGGCGCUGCCGCGGCCGAGGCGGACGCCGGCGCCGGCGCCGCCGGUGAGAUGGUGCUGGCACAGCCGGCUGAGCAGCAAACGCCCUCCUCCGCGGACACCGCGCCGCGCUCACCCGUCAUGUCUCUGGGCUUCAACUUCCACGCAGCGGCGGACGGCACCCAGUCGCCAGCCUACAUCUUCGGGAACGCGGCCGCGGCGGCUGCAGCGGCUUCGCCGCACUCGUCCAUGUUCAUGCUCGCGGCAGGCGGCCCGCCGGGCGGCGUGGCGGCGGGUGCCAUGCCGCAUUCGCCCAUGUUUAUGAUGGCCGCCCCGGGCGGUGGCGCCGGCGGGCCGAUGCCGCACUCGCCCAUGUUCAUGAUCGCUGCGGCUGGGCACCCGGCCAUGGCUCCCGCCUCCAAUGCGCCGCACUCGCCCGCGUUCUCCUUCGGACACGCCGCCGAGGGCUCGUGCCCCAUCACCCCUGGCUUUGGCUUCGCCGACGCCGCCGCCGCAGCUGCUACUGUUGCUGCUACUUCACCCCAGUCGCCGGCCUUCGCGUUUGGCGCCAACGGCACCGACAGCACUGCGGCGCCGCACUCUUCCGCCUUCUCCUUUGGAAACCAUCUGGUGGCCGCGGAGCCGGGCGCGGCCGCAGGCACCCCCGUGGCUUUCCUGGGCGGCCGCCCGUACAUGCUGGCCCACGCGGCCUCCACGCCCACCACGGCACGCGGCGUCGCUGGUGGCCAGUCGGCCGGAACCCCGGGCGCCGACGCCGCGGCUGCGGGCGCGGUUCCGCCCAGCCCCACGCCAUCGCUGGGCUUCUGGAUGAUGGUGCCGCGCGGCGGCUCAGCUGUGCCCGGCAGUCCCGCGCCGACGGACCUCAGCUUCGCCUUCGGCGACAUGGGCAGUGCGGGCUGCGUGGUCGGCACGCCCAUCAUGGGCGGCAUGGUGCCCGGCGCGGAGCACGCGUCCCCCGUGCUGCCCGCCGCCUGGCAGCAGCUGGUGGGCGCGUCGCCGAUCUGGGGCUUGGCGCCCGCUGCCCAUUCUGACGACGCAGACACGCCGGAUGCUGCUGCCUGGGUGCCGUCGGCGGCGGCAGCGGCUGGCGCCCCCGCCUUCUGGUCGUCGCUGCUUGGCAGCCUGCACUCGCCCAUGCCCAUGAUGCUGAACCCGCGGCGCGGCGCCUCCCAGCAGCAGCCGGCGGCUGCCCCCGCUGCGGUGCAGCCGCAGGCGCAGCUGCGCUUUGAGGAGCAGCAGAGUGAGGAGCAGCACUCGGCCGCUGCAGUCGCUAGCAUGGACCCUCCCUCCCUGGACAUGCUCCCCAUGGCAGCAGGGGGCAGCGCCGCCACCACUGGCGCCGUACACGGCGCCGCCACGCAGGCCUCCGGCGCCACGGCCGCCUGCGCCGCGCCCGCGGCCGCCACCUUCUCCUUCACCUCUGCAGCGGCGCCGGAGCAGCAGCAGCUGCAGCAGCCAGCGCUGUUGCAGCAGGAGCAAGCGCAGGAGGGGCAGGCAAGGGCCGCGGCCGGCAAGGUGGAAGCAGAGGAGGGGCGGGCAGGGGUCGCGGCUGGCCAGGUGGAAGCGGAGGAGGAGGAGGAGGAGGAUCAGGACACGCCUCGCGAGGCCGUGCUGCCGCCGCCGUCCUACGAGGACCUGCCAGAGCUCAUCGCGGCCGGGCUGUGCAUGUCCGUGUCGGCUACCAUGGCGCCGCCGCCGCCCGUGCUGCCGCCGCCGGCGGAGUCGCCGGCAGCCAGCGCCCUGGACGCCUGCAGCUCCGUGGGCGAGAACCCAACGCCGUUCAGCCAGCGCCUGGACGGCAUCGCUGCCGCCGACGUAGCCGUCUCGCGCCCGGCGCUUCUCGCCGCCACUACCGCUGGCGCGCCAGCUGCCAUCGCUGCGGCUGCGCCCGACGGCAAGGCUGGCUACGGCGGGCUCCUGUUCACGCCGGUGCGCCGCGUCACCGCUGAUGCCGCCAACCUGAGCCCUGGCGAUGGUGCCGCGGCAGCGGCAGCCCCUGUGCUGGAGACGCUGGCGGUGCAGUCCGUGAGCGACAGCAGCCGCAGCGGGCUGGAUGCGCAGGUCAGCACCGCGGGCAUGGAGGCUGGCCGCACCACCGAUGACGCCGCGGCCACGCCGUCCCGGCUGUUGACCGCCGCCAGCGGCUGCGCGCGCGCGGAGGAGGACACGCCCUCCGUCCACAGCUCCCCUGUCUUCAGCUUCGGCCAGCCCCCCUCCUCCGCGGGCGAGCCAAGCAUCUGCGCCGGCUCCGCCGCUGCGCCGCCGCGCCUCACGGUGGCGCAGGACCGCCACGACCUGACCAGCCUGAGCAGCCCACCGCCUCCUGGCGACGCCACGACGCCCGUGUCCCUGCGUUCACGCGGGUUCGCCGCCGGCGGGGGUUCCGGUUCGCCGGGUCUGCACGUGGUCAUGUCGCCGGCGGCGGCGCUGCUGCGGCGCGCCGCCGCAGCUGGUCAGGACGGCGAGGAGGAAGCGGUCGUGGUUGUGGAGAUGCCAGACGUGCGGGACAGCAUCCGCGGCUUCGUGAGCUCCGCCAACUCCACGCCGCAGCAGCCGCCCCCGUCCACGGGCGCCGGCGCCGCCGCCCGCGACCGGGCCGACCGGGCUGGCAACCCCUUCCUCUUCGCCUCCACCGGCGCCUCCCUCUCCGCGACCGGGCAGCAGCAGCAGCAAAAUAGCAGCGCUAGUGCCAGCGCCGGCGCCAGCAUCAACUUCUCAGCCGAUGCCGUGCAGCGGCUGCUCUUCGAUGCGGCCGACGCCGUGGCCGACUCCGCCGCAACGCAGCCGGCGGCCGACACGCCCUCCGCUGAGUCCUCCUCCUACAGCUGCGACUCCGACAUCGCGGCGCCGCCGGAGGAGGACGACGCCGGCACCGGCGCCAGCGGCGCCACGCCACACAUGACCUACACCGUCACCGCGGCGCCCGGCUCGCCGGUCCUGUCCUCGCGCCCCAGCGUCUACGCCGGCCUGCCCACGCCCGGGUGCCUCACGCCCUUCUCCUACAUGGGCCCCAACAGCCUGCCCGCUACGCCGCUCACCGCAGAGCUGGCCAGCGCCGCCAAGGGCGGCGCCGCCGCGGCCGCAGCCGCCGCUGCCGGCUCCGCCUCCGCCUCCAAGGCCAUAGGCGGCGGCGCGGGCGCUGCGCGGCACCACCCGCAGCCGUUCUGGGCGCCCAACGCGUCCGGGCCGGUGGGCGGCUGCAUGCCCAGCACCAACGGCGAGCGCGUGACGCUGGAGGUGCUCAACCGCCGCAUCUGCGCCAACGCCGACCUGCUGCUGGACUUCCAGGGCUCGCCCGGUCGCCAGUCAAUGCCCGGCACGUCCGCCAGUGGCGCCACGCCGCCCCGUGCUCGGACCUCCGCUGGCGGCGGCAUGCCGCAGCACCGCGGCCCCGCAGCGCUCUUCAUCAGCCCCAGCCGCAAGAGCAGCGACGGCGGUGCCACCGCCGCGGCCGCUGGGAGGAGCAUCCUCACCGGCGCAGCUGCUGCUCCCGCGCCUGCCGCGCCUGCCGCAGCGCCGGCGCCGGCCCGCACCACUGUAGCCACAAUUACUGCGGCUACUGCCCAGGCCGAUGCGGCGGCAGCGGGGGCCGCCGCCGCCGCAUCCCGCACGCGGCUGUUCCUGUCGGGCGCCGGCGUGCCUGUGCAGCAGCUGGUGGCGGCCAGCCUGGGCUCCACCCUUGCCGCCUCCGGCGCCGCCGCAGCUUCGGGCGCCAUGAACGCCGCCGCUGCCGCCCAUCUGCCGCUCAGCCAGCGGCUGGGCCUGUGGCACGCCGCGACGCUGCCGCCGCCCUACGGCGUUGCCGCAUGGGGCGUGCCGCUCGCGUGGCCGGGCAUGCCAGCCUUUGGCAUGCAGCCCGCUGCUGCCAAUGGCAUCGCAGCCUACCCCGCGCCUCGCGGCUCGGGUGGUGGCGCUGCGCCUGUGCAGCAGCAGCAGCAGCCUCGGGCACAGGCGGAGCCGGCAGUUGGCCAGCCCCAGCCGCAGGCGCGGCCGCCACCGGCGCCUGUUGCGCCGGCGGCGGCGCCGUUGUCGCAGAUUCCUGCCAAGCCGGCGGUGACCAGCCGCGAUGUGCAGACCACGCCCAGCCUGGCGGCCAAACCGAACGCGGCUGGUGCAGCGGCCAAGCCUGCCUUCCGCUCCCGCAUCCCGACCCCUGGCAGCAGCGCCUCCUCAGCCGCGGCCGGCGUGGCGGCGAACGCGCGGGCCAUCCACUCCACCGCCACCAGCGGCACUUCCCUGACCCCCGCCCAGCCCGCCGGCCCGACUUCCCGCACCGCGGCAGUGGCAGCAGCAGCAGCCGCGGCAAUGGUGACGCCGGUCAUGCCGCCGCGCCCGGCGCAGUCGCCCAGCCCUGGCGGCGCCAGCAGCGAUGAUGAGAGCAGCCUGCUGAUGUCGAGCCCGGUCGAGCGCGUCGUGCGUCGCCGCCGGCUGCUGACGUCCGCGGCGGCGGCGGGCGGGCCUCAGCGCGUGCCGGUGGCGGCCAAGCGGCCGGCCGCGGGUCCCCCAGGUGCGCGCCGGUUGCCUGGUGGUGGUGGUGGUGGCGGUGGCGGUGGUCGCAUGAUUGGGGGUAUUGAUGAGGACGAAGUGCGGCGGCGGGCGAUGGUGCUGGGCAUGCGGAUCAGCCCCUACCUUCGCCCCAAGAAGAAGUGAGGGGCCGCCAUGCGGUGCUGCGGUGUGACGGAAAGUGUGUGAGCAUGGAGUAGGAUGAGUUCCAGCGUGAUGAACGACAGAGAUGCAUAGCUGCUGAAAGGGAAAUUUAUGCAUGUGAUUCGGCAGAGAGGAUGGUUAGCUGUGGUGCUGCAGGUGGCUUUGCAGGGACACAUGGGCUUUAGCUUUGGCGUCAUGGUCCGCGGGGUAUGCGUCAGCAUGGGCAGCCUACGCACAGGUCAUGUUCCAGCGUGACUGAGCCAGCGCGGUGCUGCCCAGCAUAGCUGUGUACCGUGUGCAAGAGGGACGGGCAACAUUUCCCUUGAGGACUUCUAAGGCAGGACCGCGCCAGUGCGCGGAGACGUAAACCGAUCUGUAA